GCUUUUCAAAACUAUAUAAAACCCCUCAUUGCUUCUUCUGAUACUUUCUUCAUCAAAAUCUGGGCUUCCAGAGAAGGUAACUGCCGGCGUGAAUUUGGCCGGAAUCUGCUUGCGGGGAAAGAUUUGAGUUAACUGUGGUAGUGUUUGGCUGAGAUCGAAGGGGUUAGGGAAGAGAGAACUGUAGAAAGAAGAUUGUAGAUGGGGAAGAAAAGGAAGUCUGUGGCGACGAGCCUCGACGAGGUUGAUCGAACCAUGUACUCUACGUUUUGCAGCGCCGCCAAUUCGCUGUCUCAGCUCUACACGCAGGCCAUGAACCAGCAAAAGCUCUCCUUUCAAGUCGGUGAACGACAUGGAUUGGAAAAACUUUAUGAAUGGAUUUUGAGACAACAAGAGGGAGGAUCAAGAGUGACUACAGUUGACAUACUCACCUACCUGCAGGCUGGGCUGGACUAUUAUGGAGAGGAGCCAUCAAUGUCACCCAGAGCUCCCAUCCAGAAUCCGCAGUCACAACCCAUGACACAUUUAACAAACUCAGGCUUCCUGGUCUCUUCUGGAUCAUCUGAAACACCGGCUACUUUGCAGGGAUUUCGGUCUGAGCACAAUGAUCAGCAGCCCAAGAAUUAUGUUUUCUCAAAUGCCCUAUCAAGCCCUGUUCGUCGAAGUCUUCAGAACUAUCAUAUUGGUCAGGGAGGCUACCCUGUGAAUGUUGUUCAGCCCUCUACAAAUGGAGUCCAUAGCAAUGAAUCCCAAGUCCUUCGACAACAGAACAGGGCUUCUGAUCCUGUCAAUUCCAAUGAUUCCUCCAUGGACAUGCAUGCAGAUAGUCCAGCUCAUGAAUCUACUUACUGAAAAAUCUGAAAUAUUCCGUGUCCCAAGUUGCUUGCCAUUUGCUGGUCAGAAGUCUUGCAAGAGCUGUUUCAGUUCUGUUGCUGUGUUGGUUGCUUGCAGUUGUUACAACAGAAGAGAAAGCAAGGUUGAGAUGGUUACUUCAUACAAGAAUAAAAAAGUGAGGGUGGUGAAUUGUGGAAAUGUGACAUGAGAAGUAGGUAUAGUGUGUGUUCUCAUAGGGCAGAAUGCGAUAUGAUGAGCACGAAACCUGUCAAGUGGAGUCUUGUUCUGUUGAAAAAUUCUGUUUGUUUGGGUCUUCUAGCUUUAAUGUUUGUUAAUGAGUACUCUGUGACUUGUGCUAUACAUUCUAAAACUAUCAUAAGUGCUCUAUGUACUCUGAUUUAUACUACAGGUUAUAGUUAUUUCGUUAUUGGUUUAA